AUGAUGCCGGCAAAACAUUUGAGAAUGUAUCAAGUCUACUGUCAGAUGCUGGGAAUCAUGGCAACUACUAUGGCAGACGACUUCGGACUUGACUACAAUGUCGAGGUGACGCCUUCACGGAUCAGUGUACAGCCCUAUCGAAGGUUCUCUUUCGUCUGUCGAGCUCUUGAUCCGACCAAGCGAGCAGAAGUCACCUUCAUCGACGGCCGGCAGAUCUCGAGUGAUUCUCGGUUCUCUGUAUCACGACUGUCACCAGACGCAGUGAAUGUAGAGGCCGUCCUCGGCCUGACUGAACGAGAAAACGGUCUUGAGAUCAGGUAG